AUGAAGUGCAGGUUGUCUGAAGAAUAUAGUGCUUCUCAGAAAAAAGGUGGCGAUAACACUCAAACGCCAAUAUGUCCUAACCUGGUUUUGCAGAACGUUAAGAUGCGCAACAAGGCUGUGUCCGACUGUCGGACUUCUGAAACAGAAAUAAGAGAAUUAAAAGCAUUAAUCGCUCGCUUAACUAGUGAAUUUGCGACGCUAAAAACAAAGUUGGAUGAAGUGACGAUUUCUCUACACAAUUGCUAUGAAAGGAUGGACGAGUUAAAUGACCUCAAUAUACAAUUACAACAGGGAUUUCGCAACGAGACAGAGAUCGUCGGUAUACCAGAAGGUAAUAAUGAAAAUCUCGAACAUAUUGUAAAGGUGGCCGCUCAAAAAGUUGGAGCACAGUUGGAAGACGUCGACGUGGACUGGAUAACCCAUGUUAAACCUCUGCGCCUGGCUGCAUCACCUAAUGUUCCUGAUAGUGGCAGUAGAAAGAUUUAA